UUGGAUGCUCAGCUUUCGUGAGGCACGUGAUGAAACUCGCCAUAGAAAGUGCCACGUGGCAGGAAUCACCACCGUCAAUUAUGCCUCUAAGGGGGCGUCAAAAUCAUCUCUCUCAAUUCUAAACCCUCUCCCACUCUGCACCCCUCUAAAAUUUCAUCAUAUGUCCACUUCUAAGGCCCAAGAAUCCCUCUUUUUUUCUCAGGUUUUACAGAGAGAGAAAGAAGAGCAGAGUAGUAAUUCUCGUAUUUCACUUACGAUGCUUCUUCAGAUUUCAAGCAAAGGCAAAUUCCAAGAAAAAGUGAGAAGGGAUGGGUAUCACUUGUGACGACGUAGUACUAAUCAGGCACGCACAAAACGAAGGAGAUCCCACCAUCGUCACUGUUAACUGCCCCGACAAGACCGGCCUCGGCUGCGACCUCUGCCGCAUAAUCUUGCAAUUUUCUCUCAGCAUCGUCAGAGGAGAUAUUUCGACAGAUGGCAAGUGGUGCUAUAUAGUGUUAUGGGUGGUGUCGAGGCCAGGGCACGCGGUGAGGUGGAGCAAUUUGAAGAAGCGGUUGAUCUCGGCGUGUCCUUCUUGUUCCUCUGCCGCCUCACUUUAUUGCUCACCAUCGCUUGAAGCAAGCCCUAAGCCACCUCAGGUCUAUUUGCUCAAGUUCUCUUCUCCCAAUCGAAGUGGCCUUCUACACGAUGUAACUGAGGUGCUUUGCGAAUUGGAGCUCACAAUCAAAAGGGUAAAGGUUUCGACUACCCCAGAUGGCAAUGUCAUGGACCUUUUCUUUAUCACCGAUACCAGGGAGCUUAUGCACACAAAGAAGAGACAGCUGGACACAUGUGAGCAGCUAAGGGCAGUUCUUGGAGAGUCUGUUAUCCAGUGCGAGAUCGAACCAGCAGACCCAGAGAUGGGGGGACACCAGUGCUCUUCCUUCAUUUUACCUGCAAUCCCUGAUGAAUUGCUGAAUGUUGAUGAUGAGGAACCUUCUCCACUUGAUAAACUCAACCAUCUCUCUGUCACAGUAGACAAUUCUCUCCGUCCCUCUCAUACCCUCAUCCAAAUUCUCUGCCGAGAUCACAAAGGCCUCCUCUAUGACAUCAUGAGAACCCUCAAAGAUUACAAUAUCCAGAUAUCAUAUGGGCGAUUUUCUGCAAGAUGGAAACAGCUGUGUGAGGUGGACUUGUUUGUGAUGCAAGCCGAUGGGAAGAAAGUAGUGGAUGCCGAGAAGCAGAAUGCAUUGUGCUCGCGGCUGCGGUCAGAGCUGCUCCAUCCCCUGCGGGUGAUGGUGGUGGGUCGUGGCCCCGACACAGAGUUGUUGGUGGCCAAUCCGGUUGAGUUAAGCGGGAAGGGUAGGCCUCUCGUCUUCUUUGACAUCACCCUUGCCCUCAGAAUGCUUGGGAUCUCUAUCUUCUCGGCUGAGAUAGGGAGACAUGUGAUGGGAGAUCGGGAAUGGGAAGUCUAUAGGAUCCUGUUGGAUGACAGCCAUGACCACUCUCAAGCUAGAAACCAAAUCGAAGAGGGUGUGAGGAAAAUGCUCAUGGGCUGGCAGUGAUCAUUAAUUUGUAUGCGAUUGCGAUCCUUAUCAUCAGAUUAUCUCGAUCUAUCUAUCUACGUAUUUGUAUAUAUUUUAAGUUAUUUUACAAAGUUAAAAAAGAGGUCUUGUUUUUGGUACCAUCUCUCUACAGCAUUAGUAGGAUCACACCUUAACUUUUAGUUCUAUAUCCCUAUCCCAUGAAACCUUCAUGUAUAUAAUGCCCUGUGCAGAUGGAUCGGUGUCUCGUUAUAUUAUGGAACUGCUGCAGUUUGGUUUCUUUUUGCAAA